CCCGCCGGAAGUGACCCUUCGCCGGAAGUUCCCGAGGUUUUUGAGACGGUCCCGGCCGGGGAUCCGGACCGCCCCUUCCCCCCGGCACCGCGGUGCCCCUGGAAACAGGGGCCGCCCCCCUCCCUGGGGGCUGGCGCCAUGCAGUGCUCGCUGGUGAGCGGGGAUGGGCGGCACGAGCCCGUGGCCCUGCCCGACGGGGUCCCUGUGGUGCUGGGCAGGGGGCCCCGCACGCGUGUGGCGGAUAAGAAAUGCUCCCGGACACAAGUGGAGUUACUGGCUGACUACAAACACCGAGCUGUGAGAGUCACCCAGCGGGGUGUGAACCCCACGUCGGUGGAGGAGCUGCAGCUGCAGCCAGGCAACAGCAGCACGCUGCAAGAGGGGCAGACGCUGUGGCUGGUGAACGGGCGCUACCCCUACACCCUGCGCUUCCUGCCGGCCCCCCAGUCCCCCCGCCGGAGCCUGCUGGAUUUCUUCUGCCCCAAGCGCCACCUGCCAGGGGAGGGCGAUGAGGGGCGGCCCCCCAAGAGGCCGAAGGCCCCCAGCCCCCCCGAGGAGGAGGAGGAGGAGGACUCUGCUGUUGCCACAAAGCUGCGCCAGCUGCAGGAGACAGCAGCCAGCGCUGAGCGGGCAAAGGGUGGGGCACCCCGCCUGCCCCAUGGGGCUGCCUUGGGGCUGCCCCCCCACCCGAGAGACUCCUGGGAGGAGCAUGGCAAGCUGCUGGUCUUCACCAAGGAGGGUGUGGUGCCCAGCGCCAAGGUCGCUGGGUUUGAUCUGGAUGGAACCAUCAUCACGACCAAGUCUGGGAAGGUUUUUCCCACCAGCCCCGAUGACUGGAGGAUUUUGUACCCCGAGGUGCCCCAGAAGCUGAAGCAGCUGCAGAACGAGGGGUACAAGGUUCGUUUCCCCCCUUCCUCUGGAACCCCCCCCUCUGACUGUCCCCUGACCUGUGUGUCCCCAUCCCCCAUCCCCCAGAUUGUGGUCUUCACCAACCAGCUGGGGAUCAGCCGGGGGCGGUUGCGCCCCGAGGUCUUCAAGGCGAAGGCGGAAGCCGUGGUGGAGCGACUGGGGGUUCCUGUACAGGUGUUUGUGGCGACUGGAACCGGGAUCUACCGUAAACCAGUGGUGGGGAUGUGGGAGUAUCUGUGUGAGAAGGCGAACGGCGCCGUGUCUGUGGCCCUGCAGAGCAGCCUCUACGUGGGAGACGCGGCCGGGCGUCCUCCCAACUGGGCUCCUGGGCACAAGAAAAAGGAUUUCUCCUGCAGUGACCGUCUGUUUGCCCUGAAUGCCGGGUUGCUGUUCUACACCCCCGAGGAGUUUUUCCUGGGCUGGGCAACUGCCCCCUACCAGCUGCCCCCCUUCGACCCGCGGGAGCUGGACCCCCAGGGGCCCCUGUACGACCCCCCCGAUGCUGCCCUGGUGUCCCCCACGCCCGAGCUGGUGGUGGCCGUGGGCUUCCCUGCAGCAGGCAAGUCGACCUUCCUGAAGAGCCAGCUGGUGCCGGCCGGCUACGCCUACGCCAACCGGGACACGCUGGGCUCCUGGCAGAAGUGUGUGGCGCUGGUGGCGGCGGCACUGCGCCAGGGGAAGAGCGCAGCCGUGGACAACACCAACCCUGACCCCGAGUCUCGCCGCAGGUACAUUGAAUGUGCCCAGGACGCCGGGGUCCCCUGCCGCUGCUUCCUCUUCACCGCCACCCUGGAGCAGGCCAAGCACAACAACCGGUUCCGGGACCUGACGGCCUCGGGCCACGUCUCGGUCACAGACAUUGUGCUGAACAGCUACAAGAGUAAGUUUGUGGAGCCGUCGCUGAGCGAGGGCUUUGCCCAGAUCCUGCGCGUUCACUUUGUGCCGCGCUUCGCCGACGCCCGCCAGGAGGCGCUGUACCGCCAGUUCUCCGAGGGCUGAGCCGCGCCCGGCCCCUGCAGCACCUCAAUAAAGAGAGAGCAGUG